GAUCGCGACAAUGCAAGCCGGGAAGAAUGCCAUGGCGUCCGUGAAGGAGACCGCCGAAAACGUCGCUGCCUCGGCCAAGUCCGGCAUGGACAAGACCAAGGCCACCGUCCAGGAGAAGGUGGAAAAGAUGACGGCACGCACGCCGGCGCAGAAGGAGAUGGCGGAGGAGCGCAAGCAAGAGAAGAUCCGGGAAGCCGAGGUCAACAAGCAGGAGACGAUGCAGUCCAACGCGGUCGAGCACCAGCAGACCCUCGCCGGCGGCCAGGUCGCUGAUCCGGGAUUCUACCCUGUCGAGGGAGCGGCAAGCGGCGGGACCGGUGCGGCGAGGCCGUCCGCGGCUCACGACCCCUUCCUCGCUGCCCGGUAGGCGGCCGGGGAGAUCGCACACCACGACCAACUUCGUUGUCUCUGUUUCAAGUUGUGGAAGUGUUUGCGCCUUGUCGAGUCCUACUUCACGUCUUCAUCGUGCAAGUGUGCUUCGCGUGAAGCAAGUCCUUGAAUUCGACAUUUGCUUGCUUCGUGGUGUCGAUGGGAUGAUG